CUUCAAACUUUGUGGUAUCUAUAGGAUACUCGCAGGAAAUAGCAAUUAAUAUAACUCUAAAGUUAUUCAAAAUUUCUAUAUCAAUAUUUGUAAUUAAAGAAAAGAGUUCCAAAUUGUUAAAUGCUUUCCUGGCAGUAUUGCCGUCAUUUGAUGUUCCACUACCAUUUGCUUUAGGCUUAUCUACAUGAAGGCCCAUUUCUUCCCAAAACCUCUUUUGUACUUCUUGUUUACGAAGUUGGAAUGCUUCUUUAUCUGAAGCUUCCCUUAUUUGCCACUUUUUUAAUUCGAUUCUAUAAGCAAUGUGUACAACGAAUUCAAAUACUCGAAUCCAUGCAUGUAGUGGGCUAAUACCAUAUCUAAGGGAUGUAAGUUUGGGUUUAAAAACAUCAGAAUUAAAAUUUUUAGUUGUUACAAAUUAUUUUGGUGUAGCACCACAUAUUGGGCAUUUUUGAUUAGAAUUGGUGUUUGUUAUAACAUUUAGUACUUUUCCAUCAAUCAAAGUCAUAUGCAAAUCAUAAUUGACAAUAAUUAUUUCUCCGUUAUCAAGGUAAUAUUCAAAUGGAUUUAAAUAAGAUAUUUGCAUAUCUAGCUGACUAUUCUCUGAUAGAAUUAGAGCUGUAGAUUCUUUUGCUAAUUGCAUUUUUAAUGGCCUGCAAAACCGCACUGAUUGCGUAGUGCGAUUCCUCCAAAUAAUUUUGCCAGAACUGUCCAACAUUUGUAAAGGUAUAAUGGUAGUUACAAACAGUGAAUGGUCAAAAAGUUGAGGUGUACUUGUCUCAAACUUUUGUUUAAACAUACUUUGUCCCGUUGUACCGUCAAACCCAUAGCUAGCAAUUAAAACAACAUUCGAAAUUUCUGCCAUGACGCGCAAAACAUCUUUUUGGAAUAAAAGAAUGCGUUGUGCGGUAUGGUCUAAGAGAUUUUGCAGUGAUACUUCUGCUGAAGACUCCGACACAGACAUCUCCUUAGGCCGGCAAAGUAGCUUGCAUUUAAUUACUUCCUCAUAGCUUGGAUAUAUAUUGCAAUUUUUUUCUUUAUUUCACAACCUCAUGUUGAUAUACUGUCUUUUGCUUAAAUCAUUUUCAAGUAAAAAUGCGAGAGCUUCUUCCGGAGUGAGUGGAACUACUUCGGGUUUUUUGGAGGUAACAGCUUUUCUUAUUUUGCUUUGUUCUGCUUGAUGUGCAGUUUUCUUUAAAAUAAAUGCUAAAUCAUUUUGUUUUGAUUUUUUUGCCGCCACAGUAGCUGCAUGAAUCAAAAAAUCAACAUCGUCAUUGUUUUCACAAGAAAGAUCACCUGCCAGCUUCCUCUUAAGUCGAUCUUUUGCAUCCGUGUAGCUAACCUUUGGUCGCCUGCUUUACUUGAACAGGGUUUUUCAAAAUCAUUCUCAGAAAUUUCAAUAAUAGUUGUUGCGGAAACCCACUGGGGGUAUUUCUCUUUAAAUCUAUUAACCAUACGAUUACAUUUUGAUAAUUUUUGGCUAACAUAUGCCAAUAAAUUUUGUAUUUUUUUUCUUAUUUCAUCUUUUUUCUUUAAACUUAGCUCAUUAGUAUUAAUUUUUUUAAAAACCCAAUCCAAAACAACAUUAGUUUUGCGAUCGCCCUCUAUCCAAACUCCAAGCAUUUCGUCGUGUGGGAAUUUAAAGGUUGCUGAAAAUUACAAAUAUACUUAAAUGGGGCAAAAACGGGUCAAUGUUACAUACAUGAUUUUCAAGAACAUACCCCAAACUUCCACCGAACAUAAAAAUCUGGAACAAUACGGGACAAUACACACAACUUUCACUCCACAGAACACAGGUUAAUACGAAAUUUUCGGUUAAAAAAGCUAUCAAACAAAACUCCACACUAUACAGAUAUAACACAAUAAACCACAUUUUUUUCCAUUAAGUUAAAAAAUAGAUACUUUUCUUAUAUUCCAUUAUAAAUUUAUUUCUUUUUUUUUUCUUUUUAACUAUUAUGGAACAGCCGUUUUCUUACAAUAUUUUACUGAACUGUUUACAAGUUUGUUGUUGCUUCAGAAGCAUCAUGUUUUACAGCUCAUAUUUAGAACAGAGUUGCCAUAUCCAAAUAUUUUUUUUUUUUUAUUUUAGACCACUGAAAUGUCUCAAUUAAUACUGCGUACCUAUUUUUUUGAAAUAAGAAAAAAUAAUUUUUGGAUUUAUGCCAAAAAAUUUGAAUUUCAGACCAUAGUGCAUAUGCGUGAUUAUCUUGUAUUACAAUAUAUGAACCAUUGUUUUUCGAAAAAUGGUAAAAAUUGCAUAUUAUAAAAUUAAAUAAAAAAUUGUUUUAUUAUUAUUUCAGAAAUUAUAUUAAUUUUGACUAUUAUAAAAUGAAGAUGUGCCAAAUGAACUUACAUAAAUGUGCUCAUAUAAACACUUCAUUUCAUUCCUUUCAUUUCUUCUAAAAUAUUAAUGACCUUCAUGAAAUACAUAUGCAUAUUCGCAUUAUUUCGUUAUAAUUUCCAUAUUCGUAGCAAUAGAAUUUCUAUGGCACAUACAUAUGUAUGUAUAUUAUUUCUUUGGCACACUUGUCUGUAUGUUUACGAACACAAAUGCGAGCCACAUACAUAUAUAUGUACAUACAUUCAUAACAACAAGUGUCGCACGCAUCUUUCGCAUCUCCGUUUUCACGGUCAACCAGUGGCCGAAACAGGCGUUUUGUGGAAGAGUCAAGUGCUGAACACAUUGAGUGCGACAGACUGCAAUCUGUCAAAUAUUAAUAUACACACGUUCUUAUGGACACAGUGUAGUUGUGCAGCUGGCUCAUUAACUGUGUUCCUAAGAACGUGUGUAUUCUAAUAUUCGUUUGCAGUCUGUCGCGCUCAUUGUGUUCAGUACUUGUAUGAUGUUAGAAAAUCGGAGUUGUGCCGAAAAAAAUAAACUAAUGGCCGCCGAUUGUCACCGCUUCCCUUGUCGCUAUAACACAGCUUCGCCUACAAACGUGCGUAAAUAUGUAUGUUUUUGUAUGAGCUUGCAUACAUAUCGACGCAGAUUUUUGCGAGAAGUAUCAGAAAGUUGUUCAAUUUAUGAUUUUUAGCUUUUGCCAUCGUCGCGAAAAGACGCUUGUAGGCAAAGGCAUGCUCGGGGAGAUGUUACGGCGUCUGUUUAUAUGAAUGAAGCGAAGUCACUUGUGGCAUAUGCGCCUGCGUUUAUGAAUGAAAUCGUUUUUGUUGUAAAAUUUACUACAUUUCAGCUUCGCCAAUUCGGCUGCCAUAUUGACUUGUGAUGCUUAUGCUGAGGCGAUUGUUGUUUUCGUAGAACAAUGCUUCAAUUUUUUGUUGGUGACAUAUUCACAUAUGUACGCAUAUAAUUCUUUUGUAGAACAUUUGCUUUCGCAAACAUACAGACAAAUGUGCAAACGACAUAAUAUAUGUAUGGUUGUUUCGCAUUUUGCUUCUACGCCGGUCAAAUUUCUAUACAAAAAAGAAAAAUGUAAGCGGCGAACCAUUAUUCUGCAUAGCUUACUUUUAUGCAUUACCUGGUAUCGAAGAAUUGUACAUAGAAUUUUCUUCGAAGCAUUCUUCAAAGAAAAAUGUAAGCAGUGAACCAUUAUCCCGCUGGGAAGUCUUUAUGUUCUCUGUGUGAGAGGUUGAGGAGUGUACUCAUGGGCAUGCAUACAUAUAUUUCUGUCUAUUCAUAUUCUCUAUUUGGGCACAUAUGCCUUGUCAUCAUAUGCCGAAAAUACAUAUAUUUACUUCUCUUCAAAUUCUCUGUUUGAGUAUGUGAGAGAACUGUUAAAAAUAUUAACAUUUCACAUCGUGCUGUAAGGUGAAUUCCCCGUCCCAAUUCUAUAAAAUGUUCGACAUCGAACCUGCACCUUCUCUAUACUUUACGUUCUCUGGUUGGACCUUCUCUAUAAAUAUACGUUCUCUGAUUUAACUUUUAUUUUAGCGAAGAAUUAUUGGCAGUUCCUUACGGCAGACUUGGAGGAGAUAGGCAUUUUGCUGUGGGACCUAACUGAAAAAAAUGAGAGUAAAUCCGUAAAAAAAAGUAUUAAUUGCAUACUUUUAAGCGGGCUCUAAAUGUUCGCUCCCCUGCACAUUUCUUCACCAUUGAAAAAGUUUACGUUGCGCUUUUGUGUAUAAGCUUUAGAGCUUUGAAUGUGUCAUUCUGUUGUCAUAUUCUUUCAAUUCGUUUUCCUUAAAAAGUAUAAUUAAUUGAAAACAAUACAUAUUGGAACGAAGUUCUUUACGGCAGGCUUGGAGGAGAUAGGGAUUUUGCUGCGGGAUCUAACUGAAAAAAGUGAUAGUAAAACCGUAAGAAGAAAAAGACCGUAAGCUCUUCGAGCUCAAAAAGCUAUUUAUAAGUACAGUAGAAUCGCGCAAAAGUUAACUCGCGAGAAAGUUAAACCUUCGGCUAAGUUUACCGAUUUUGAGCGUCCACGUACUGCUCUAAAAAGUUAACUUUGGGUUAACUUUUUUGAGCUUUUCUAUUUUUUCAAACCCAACCGUUUGUUUGGCAAGAAAAACAAGCUCGGGUAUUCCCCUCAUUGCUAUGUAUUCCCCGAAUUUCUAUGUAAAAAAUUAUAGUCGGUGUCGCGAGGUACAUACAUACGUAGUGUGUCAUGAGCGUUUAAACUUGCGAGUUGUUUAUGGUUAGUGUGUUAAAAAAUGCCAACAAAGCAGAGAAAAUCAUUGCAAAUCAGAUUAAAUUUGCAUCAAAAAGCUGAGAUUUUAAGAAAACUCGAUGAAGGUAUUCAUGGAAAUCGAUUGGCCUUGGAUUAUAAUGCAUCUAAGGCGGCCAUCUCAAAAAUAAAGAAAAAACGUCAUGCAAAUUUCAAGAAAAGAUUUGGUGUUCGCCACUUAAAAAUUUGUGGGGAAAUCCUCUCAAGCGACAAGUCAGGAAUAACACCGUUCAUUCAUAAUUUGCGGGCAAAAAUGAAUGAAAUGGAAAUUUCGGACAUGCAGCUUUAUAACGCAGAUGAAUCUGGAUUAUUUUAUCGUUUCCUGCCCAAUAAAACAUUUGUCGCGGCAAACGAAAAGACGGCACCUGGCCGAAAAAUAGCAAAGGAUAGAAUCACAGUUAUGUUGUGUGCGAACGCAGAUGGUUCGCAUAAGUUGAAACCAUUGAUAAUUGGUAAAUCCGCAAACCCCCGUUGCUUCAAGGGGUUUGAAAACCCAUUGGAAUAUGCUAACUCGCAAAAGUCUUGGAUGAAUUCAGAGCUAUUCUUCCCCUGGUUCCAUCAUUCCUUUAUUAAUCAGGUUCGCAAAUUUUCUGCUGAAAAUAAUUUACCAACAAGGGCAUUAUUGCUGAUUGACAACUGUACUGCACAUAAGCCAAUUGACAAGUUACAGUCAGAUGAUGGAAACAUUGCGGCAAUGCUUUUACCACCUAACGUGACAGCUGUUUUGCAGCCCAUGGAUCAAAAUCCCAUAAGACUGGUCAAGUUAGAAUACCGGGUUAAACUGUUAUGGAACAUUGUAGCACAAGAAAACAUUCUGGUUGAGAAUAUUUUGAAAGGACAUUCAAUUCGUGAUGCCACCUUGCUGCUUAAAUUAGCAUGGGAUGAAUUGCCAAGAGCUGUGCUUAUAAAAGCUUGGAAAAAUAUAAAACAGUGGGACAAUGAUCAAUACGACAGCGAAGACGAAAUUCCAUUGCUUACAUUGAUUAGAUCAAAUAGUUCUCACGAUGAUACACUUCGAGAGGUACAAUCGUUAUUGUCCAAGGUGGGUGGUGUUGACGUCAGCAGUGAAGACAUCGAAAAUUGGAACGACGAUCAAAAUACGGAAGAUGACGAAGAUUUCGAAGUGUCUGACAAUGAAGAUGAAGAACCAGUUGCCGAGGAAGAUAUGCAACAACAGAAAGUCAGUUUUUCCGAAGCAGUUGAAUGCAUCAAUACCCUGAUAAAGUGGUAUGAAAACAAUAAUGAUGCAAAUCAGAUAUCACAUCUUAUUAAUAUGCGUACGAAAAUUGUCAGGAGCUAUUACACAAAAGAAAAGAAACAAACAAGUCUCGACCGCUUCUUUAAACCAGCCCUCGCAAAUUAAUAUGUACAUAUGUGUGUAUGUAUAAUGUGAAAAAGAACAAACUAAAUGUAAGUUUUUGUUUUGUUAAAAGUAAAAUUCAGUCAUGCAAAUAAAUUGAACGUAAUAUAUCACCAAAAUUAUGUUUAUUUCCGUGUUUUUUUCAAAAUCGAAACCCCUUUGGAAAAGUUAAUAUUUCGGAAAAGGAAAACACCCUUGGGACAUUUUUGUUAACUUUUUCGCGAUUCUACUGUAUCUUUGUUUGAGACCCAGGACCUUAGGCCCCUGUCACAAAGACUCCAGAAAGCGUUUUGUUUCCGGUAUAGAAAAAAUUUAUGAAAUGAUGACGCUUCCUUCUUUAUCUCAUCUUUAUCGACUUCCAAGAGGCGUUCAAUACACUUCAUAAUCUGGAAUGCAUUCGAUAAUAGAGUGGUCCCCUUAAAAUUAAUUGAUUUAAUAAGACGGUCUACUCUGAUGUGGGUUAUCAGCACACAUUACUCGUAUCGGCUGGUACUCUUUAUACUCUUGCAACCAGUUACUACAGAGUAUUAUAGUUUUGUUCACCUAACGGUUGUACGUAUCACCUAAAACUAAGCGAGAUAGAUAUAGGGUUAUAUAUAUGUAUAUAGACUAUCUGGACGAAGAGAAAAGUUGAAUUUCGGUUGACUGUCUGUCUGUCCGAACACAAAUCGCCACUAACUGAAAAUAUAUAAAGUUCCAUAACUAAGCGCUCAAUUAAGAUAUGAAGCUG